AUGAAAAUACUGUCAAAAAGAAACACGUAUAUUGCCAAGAUUCUCUUUAUGCUGGCCUCAUCCGCCAUGGCAUACAAUAUAUCUCGCAAUUCCGACGAGCCAGGAGUUGUAAGCAUAGUUCCAUACAGUGAUUACUUCCUGUCAAAGAGGCCAAAAAUAAAAACAGGCGAUGAGCUGCCGCGCGCAUACCUAGUGGGUUUUACUCCAUUCAAAAAGUAUGUGGGCGCCAAGGAGUAUCUAACCGACAAGAAAUAUAAAAAUUAUCACAAACGCCCCGAGCUCCUCAACGUCCAGGUAUACAACAGAACUGUUCUUUCUGUGUUCUACACCAAAGAGUACUUCCAGGCUCUGUACGCAGGAUGGUUCCAUGGCGAAGAGCUUCCGAUCUACAACGCGUACUUCAAAAACUUUUUGACAAUGGUCAACAUGGCAAACAUUCCGUACUAUUCAAAAGAAAAGGGACACUAUUUGACCGAGCUAGACAUACAUACUAUCUUGGCGCUCUACGACAUAUUCGAGCUGAACCACUAUGAAAGAAUACCUGUGGAUGCAAAGAAAUACACUAAUUUGGACAUGACAAAAAGAGACUGUUUCAAAGAAAACAUGAGAUUUCUUAUUGAAAGAAGCAAAGACGGAUAUGAUGCAUACCUAGGCAUACUCAGACACAUAAAAGACGCAGGUCGAGCUGUCUUUAUGUCAGAAGUGCCUGCUACUCCGAUAGACACCAAAGACUGGGCGAACUGGGUGCUGAGCAGAAAGUUUAAUCUCGAUCUGUUCUGGUACCUGUACUCCACUCUCUGCAACAACAAUAUGGAUGUCCGCAAAAAAAGAAUUGUCACGUAUGUUAAAGAAACGUCAGUGCUCGGGAAAAAAGGGCUGAAAAUUUAUUUGAGCAACAAAAAAAAGUCUGAGGAGGAGUACAUUGGUCUGUCGCACUAUCUCCUGUACAACAACCCGCUGAAGGUGAAAAACAUGGAGAUAGCCGUGCAGGAGGGCCUGGGAGUGCCUGAAAGACAGCUUAAAUCGGUUGUGGAGGCGUUCAGAAAUCUAGAAGUUGUCUAUUUCAGUUCUCUUGGAAACUUUGACAGAAUUGAGAACAAUCUGUCUCUAGUAAAUGUCGUGCUGGACGUGGAGAAGAAAAGACGGGAGCGAAACAUGACCCCAGUUCUAAGAGGGUUUGCGAUCUACGACUACAACUCGCUGAACAAGUUUGCAAAAAGACAGCUGCUGAAACUAGACCUUGUCAAAGUUGGGUUUAUGACAAAACAGGAAAGAUGCAGAACAUGUAUAGAAAUGGGGCACAGAUGUCUUUACAAGCUGAACCACCGCCAGCCCAACUUCCUUGGAAUGUUCGCCAUCAAAGAAGACAAUAUAAGAAAUGUAAGAGGACUUAUUUCCCCGUACAAAAUCGUGUUUGAUGAGCAAAACGUAGAACAGCUGUACAACUUGAGCGAGCUGGGCAUAUCGAUAGACGACAAGGAGCUGCCUGAUCCCUACCAAAAAUCAGAGCUGCCGUACGGUCUUAGAACCUCAAUGUACAUAAAAACAGUCCGGCUAUUUGGAGAUAGCAGAAAACAGGCGCCCUCUCAUUUGGAUAUGUUCAAAAAGAUCCUGAAGAUAACAAGUGCAGACCACAUUGACAUUUCCAGCCUGCCCUUUUUGAACUCAGAAAUUCUUUCUGUUUUGCAGUCUGAUGACAAUUACAUCAGAGACAACAUAAAAAUAUUCGCAUUCACGUACUUUGAUCCAGGACAGCAGGUGGCGCACUACAAUAAAGCAGCAGGAGGCCCCAACGGGCACACAGGCGCAAACCUUUUGCAGCAGCUAUUGAUAACUCUUCCGAGCAUAGAAAGACUCGACAUAACCAUUAUAAACGACAGAGAAGAGGCAGCAGCGUUUGUGGAAGAUUUCAAGUAUCUUUUCAGGUGCGGCGGAACAAAGUACACGGAAGAGCAGCUCAAGAAGAUUAUAAACAUCAAGAUACACAGUCCGCUGGAGUUUACCUCUGUGCAGAGCUGCCGUGUAAUACUGGAAACUGCAAUAAGCAGAAUACAGAAAAGCAUACACAAGCUAUUCGAAAAGAUAAAAACGUGUCCAAUCGGAAAGAGUGAUAGCAUCAAGAAAAUGACGCUCCAGGAGUUUAUGCUGACGCUGAAGCAUGUGAUGUCUCCUAACAUUUGCCUGCCUGAGCCUGGACCCAACACCGGCUAA